AUGUACGGUGACCUCGCAAAUAAGCUUGUACUUGAAGCCAAGAGAAUUCAGCAACUAAAUCAGAACUCCAGCUGCGAUCAAUUACCGCUAUAUCAAGAUGGUCUUGUCCAGAAUAUCUUAAAGGAAAUGAACCAGUUAAAAAAGAAUGCAGAGAUCUUGAAAUUACAGCAAGAGAAUGAUCAAGAUGAUAGCAAGAUAACCCGAUGCCAAUAUUUCGUCACACUAUUAUGCAUGGAGAGAAACAAGAGAUGUUUAAUGGCUUAUCAGAAGCUGCGAAGCGAUACUUUGGAUAGUAUCGCUUGGGACAAUGACGGAUUAGAUGCCUUGAGUGCUGGGACAGUCUCCAACCAAGGGAGUAAAAACUUGUCACAUUUUGAGCAAGAGUAUUUAAAAGAGUACUCUCAACUGAUAACAGACAUGAAGAGUGGAGAUCUCGCAGAUAUAGAUUUGUCCGGCAGUUUAACAUCUCCAAGCGAUGUGUUCAUUGAUGUCCGAGUAUUGAAAGAUGCAGGUGAGAUUCAAACAGAGUAUGGCGUGUUUAAUUUGAUCAAGGACACGCAGUUUUUUGUAAGGCAAGCAGAUGUUGAAAGACUUAUCCGCCAAGGAUAUCUUCAGAAGCUAUGA